AGACCGUGAUGCCUAGCGAGUGACGAUAGGUCAGUGAAUGCUGCAGGUGGCAACUUUUUCGCGGGUUACAAUUGACCUAAAACUUGAACUUGGCUCGUUCUGGGUGGUGAUAUUGGUCUUUGUUUCAAAGUGUCAUAUAAUCAUAUGUUGAGUGGUUAAAAUGGUACUUAAGCAUGUUUUUGUCAGACGAUACUCUAUCAGGGUUCUGAGUUGUCUGUCAGUAUCACAUUUCUGAGGUAAAAAUUACAAAUUUCUUAAUACUAAAUGCAUUAAGGUAGCUACCUCGAACCAGAAUCUAAUACUCCAUCAAACAAAGAACUUUUUUCUUCUUUCUAUCGUAUGUCUGUGUACAGAUAGGUUUUGCGAUCGACGUGUCUGAUUUUUAGGUCUUCGUCCAUCUGACUUUACUUUUGAACUGCCAGCAAAAUUUUAUUCGAGAUUUUUUCUUUUAAAAUAUGAACAUCAAGCGAAAGCACAAAUUUGCAUAUAAGCAUUACAGAAUUGCAUGAAUAAUUAUACAUCUCACAUGUCAUAUGUGGAUAUUGGCGCUUGUCAUCUUUGUAUCUAUACUUGUUGUUUUGCUCAACAAUAAAUCAUUAUUACAUUUACAAUCCAAAUGUUAUUGCAAAUAAUUUAACACUUUUUUGUGCAAGCUACAUGUGAAUGUACCAAUAUGUGAAAACUGUGGCGUACAAGUGGGGAUCAUUACGUCAUGCAGUUGCCAUGAUGAACGUGUUAAGUGCGUACUAAACUCGUGCCAUUUCUAACCUUGUAUGGCAUAAUUACUUUACUCGUUACACGUUCAGCCAAUUUAUCCACGAGACGGAAGUUAAUAUUAUUGAAUUUUGUUAAUGCAACUGCAACGCCGCUCUUCUGAUUUUGUUGUUGAAGUAGGAACAUUGAAGUGCAAACCAUGACUGUGGAACUGGUUUGGAGUGAGUUAGACAUGCCUUUGUCAUCGUUCGUCGAAAGAUUUCCUCUUCCUCAAAUUGUGCAGGUAGCGGACGGUUACUAUGGAGAAGAUGACGAAACGACUCUAUCAAGUGGCGAGGAGCUUAAUCUACAUUUGCUAAAGGAUAUGCAAUGUUACCGUGGCGUCACAAGUACUGGCGAUGACAUCCUUAUACCACUCAAUUUUCCUCAUAAGGUCAAUGUAUACCACGAGAAACCCUUUGAUUGUAAUAUCAAGCCUGAAGCUCUGAGCCAGGUGUUUCCAAAGAAGUAUAUAAAAGUUCGCCUUUGUGACGUACUUUGUUCGAGCGCCACACCGGACGAGGUGUUAGAUGUGUUAUUUUUCGAGUCGAGUUCAGAACAGUUGAUAUGCCUUGAUAGUCAAGGAUGCGAGGUGACUUUGAGCCUAUCUCAGUUGGCCGAUGUCAUGAUCACUGAGGUUCACAAGGAUCUAUUUUUGGCAGAAGUACCCGAAACUGUAGGAUUACCAUUUCAGGUGGAAUUCAAACCCUCCGAAGUGCAUUCGUCGUCGCCUCUUGUUCGAGGAAUGAUUACUUUGCAAGAAGCGAUUUCUAAGAAAACAAUAUUAGCCACGUCCAGGGAUAAGAAAGACGCUCCAUUGUUGACGUUUCCUUCCACUCUGGAUGUCACCGUGUUCGCUCCAAUACAGGCCAUUGAGGAGAAUGAGCUAUAUAGGAGCUUGUGUAAUCGUUUGAGUAGGGCGAUAAACGCGGAUAUGGUUAUGGCGGAUUUCGAAAAGAUGGAAGAGAUUUACGAUGAUGUAAAAGCCAACGUAAUAAACGUUGUACCAUAUGCGAAGCUUGUUUUUGGCCACCCCAAAGUUGAAGCCACCAUCAGCUCAACCAGUCAACUAGAUCCAGAAACCGCUGACUUAGAUUUAGAUUCUGAUGGUUAUGUUGACAUGGAUGACCUUCAAAUGGUUGGAUUUCCUGUACAAUCUGAACAUUCGUGCCCCGUGACGCCUUCCUCGAUAAAGUCUCCUUCCCCAAAUACACCGCCAUCAUCUCCCACGGCAAUGACCAAUCAUAACAAUGGAUUGAUAAGGAAGCUGACGAAGCGUAUAACGAAGGCCAUGACUCCAGGCUCAAAUCCAACACGGAUAUUUAAAGGGUCGGAAUAUUUAAACAAAAUACGUUCGAACGAAGAUGUUCACGUUAGAUCCCCAAAACAUCGUACGGUCGACUCUGAUGGAUACGAAAUACCGAAGGAACAAAGGAGAACAGAGUUACUUUUUAAAAAAAUGGAAGAUUUUACAGUGAGCGAUGUCUGCAAUCUUCUAAAAGAUUUGAAUCUCUCGCAAUACUGCGAACUCUUUAAAAAAGAACUGGUCGACGGAAGCAUCCUCGGAGAAAUGGACAAUGAAAUGUUAAAAUCACACUUUCAAAUGAGCACUUUUCAUGUACACAAAUUAAAGAAGGCUGUGAACGAGAAUUGGAGACCUUCCGUUGAUGAAUAAAGGAGGUGUGAGGGUGGAAAGAGCGAUAUAAUGUGUUUGCGGGUUGUUUUUGCCCGCGUCUCCGAGAUAUGUUUUUUCCUGGGAUUUCCCAUUUCUAAAAUGAUCUCAAUUUGGAGCAUUUACUAAUUCAAUUCAAAUUUACUGCUAUGUCUUCAGCUUUCUCGAUCUUUGUAUGUACUGUGUUUACGAUACUAUAUAGCUAGUUGGGAGUCAAUUUUGUAACGCAUAAGCUAUAUAUGUUGAUAUAUACUUAAGAAUGUCGUUUCAUUUUUGUAAAAUAUAGAUUUGGUUUUGUUCAGAGACUUAAAUACUGCUUUGAAGAGCGUAUUUUCCACGGUAAAUGACAACAUGUCAGUUCCAUAAAGAACUGUUAGAAAUCAAAACAAAGAUAAAUUAAAUAACGCGAUGAGUUUCGGCAGACUUCCCAUCAGGUGCCUCGCCAGCUUUACUGAAUUGUGAAAACCAUCUUGAUGUAUAAAAGAAAGAAUGGCUUUGCCCCCAAACGGAGAGGUGACAUUCUCAAAUGGAAUAAGAUAAAGACGCAAUCCUUUUGAAUGAAGACCAAGGGACUUGUGAAUUCAAUGACACUGCAUGCUUUUGUAACGAUAAAAAUUAUUAUUUUCAAUCAGUUUUUCUUCUUUUUCGAGCAAACAUUACAAAAAUCCUCCGAAAUCUCUUUAUUGUCAAACAAA